AUGGUGGAAAACUUUUUCUUUGCAAGAUCAGAUUUCGAAUUCCAGGUGAAAGGCCAUAUGUUUGUGGUGAAUUCUGUGAACACCGUACAUUAUUGCUAUCAGUGUCGUGAUGCCAUUUGGGGUAUGCAGCCGUGGUGUUACUUUUGCGCCAACUGUGAUGUGAAAGUCCACACUCAAUGCACAUCAUCAUUAUCAGAUGCCUGUUAUCCUGCUUCUCAAGUGAAACGAAAAGCAAAGGCUCGCCGUUCGGGUCUGAUAGGAAAGUCUGAUGCUGAAGACGACGAAACACCGAAGAUUGAACACAAUGUGAAAUCAACAAGUUCGGAUUCGGGGAUUGGACAAGAAAUCCAUGAUAAGCCUGUUGGUAGAUCACACAGCAUGAGAAAUCGUGUGGCGACGAUUUCUCAGAUUCCCGAUGAGCGACUGAUAGUAAAACGCGAUCGAUCGACGCCGUCAUGGGGUAGCGAUCUUCCUCCUGCUGAUGAGGAAGAGGAAGGGACAAGAAGAGCGAAACGGGCGAUGGAACGAAUGCAAGCUUCUGCGAUUUCGGAAGAUGACAGUGAUCUAGAGCUAGAGACCGAAGCACCCCCUCUGGAUCAGUUCGUCGGCUGGGAUGUAAUACGUCACUUGAAGCCGAAAGAGAAGAAACGACAAGAAGUUAUUAACGAGCUGUUUCAUACCGAACGUACACAUGUGCGGAAUUUGAAGAUUCUUUUACGAGUAUUUUACAAGCCCAUGUUGGUGAAUAACGUUGUGUCUCCGGAAGUCGUGCAUUUGCUGUUCGCAAAUCUCGACCAACUUCUCGAGAUUCACACUGACAUGUCAAACCAAAUGCGCCAAGCUGUUGAACAGUGGCGACGAGAUCCCACUCUCAAUGGACUUUAUGGAAAUGUAGGUGAAUUAUUGGAAAAGAUGUUCGACGGUGAAGCUGGUGAAAAAUUUAUGGAAGAUAAAGAAGAAUCGUUAGUGCGAUUUCUCUCAGACGCUGAAGCAAAUGCUUUAUGUCGGAAAUUGCAACUGAAAGAUAUGAUCCCUGUUGAAAUGCAACGACUGGUGAAGUAUCCGCUUCUUCUGGAAACAAUUGCCAAAUAUACGAACGAACCAAGCGAGGAACAAGAUCGUCUUUUACGUACAGUGGUGUCGGCUAAACGCAUUUUGAGUGCUGUGAAUUCGGCAAAGCGGAACGCGGAGAAUCUCCGUCGCCUAGAAGAGCUGCAGCGGCGGUUGGACACUACUGCAUUUGACAAGGAGUAUGGAGGCCAUGACUACGCUCACCUGAAUCUAACGAAAUAUCGGCUUGUGCACGACGGUUCUUUAACGUGCCGAUUUAAUCGUGGAAAAAUGAUUGAACUACAUGUGGUUCUGCUAGAAAACAUGCUGGUAUUUCUAACAAAACAUAGCGAUGGUAACAAGUUGCAGCUAAAGACUUUGGAACCGUCAAAGGAGACAAAAUGGUCUCCUAUUAUGCCAUUGGCUCCGUUAAUCGCUAAAGAGAAAGCUAAUGACAAGCGCGCAUUUUUCCUUGUCUUCAACACCCAAUAUGGUGCUCAAAUUUACGAACUCGUCGCCGGGACAGCAACCGAAAGGAAGACAACAUGCAAUUUCGAAGUUGGCACAAGUUCAUCGUUGGAUUCGGAAGGUUUAGCUAAGGUAAUACUCAGUUACUGUUUGGGAAAAUUUACCUUGGACGAAACAGUUCAUGUGCUCACCCACCCUCGUCUUGUAAACGCUUCUGAGAUUACCGUACAGCAGCCAACAGUAUUGGAACAUGCACAGCCUGUACUCACACCAACAGAAAGGUUAAGGCGAAGUGACGAUAUCAUUUUUCAAGCUCUGCUUACGAAGCAAACCAUAUUGGCGCAAUUUUUACCUGGUGAUAAGAGAGGUCGAACAGAAGAAUUAGAAAAGCUCACUGAAUUAUUGGGAAGCUUGUCAGUAGCAGAUCUGAAGCAACGUGACUGUAAAGAACUAGCGAUGUCUGCGAUUGUACAUGGAAACCGGCUACUCGAUAGUAUUAAUCAAGGAAUGAAUGCUAGAAAAGAAGUCAAUGAGGCGAAUCCUGGAGCUUCCAUGAUGUUACUUGAUGACACGGAAAAAGAUCUUCCAUCCGUGCCUUGUUAUAAGCUUACUGCUAUCGCUGCACCUCUGAUGAAUCAUUUAAAAGCAUUGAUGCAAGUAGUGCAAGAUCAGCAAUCGGAACUAAAUACGGUAAAACAGCAGUUGUACCACUAUAAGGUUGGUUAG